AAAGAAAUCGCGAUUCCAUUCCUCAGAGCUUUCCAGAUUUCUAGAGAGAGAGAAAGCGCAAGAAAAUCAAUCACCCUCUCAUUUCGCCUGAAAAUUUAAAAUUUUCUCGGUAAAUAAAGAUAAAACACGCUCGGAGAUCUUUAAUGAUCGGAACAUGGAGUAGAAUAGGUUUCUAGGGUUUCGAUCUGUGUUUGUUUGUUCGUUUGCCGCAAACGUUUCAAUUUCGGAUUCAGUUAAUUAACGCACAAGGUAUUUGAGAGGAAUAGCGAAAUAUCUAGGGUUUUCUAGGGUUUGGUUUCGAUUUAAUUGGUGGAGAAACGAUGAACGAUCAGUCGCAGAUUAUGAAUAAGCAGCCUCCGCAGAUGAUGAACCAGAUGAUGAGCCAGCCUCCGCCUCCUCAGAUUCAGAUGAUGGCUCAGUCCCAGGCGCUGAGCCAGUCUCAGCAGCCGCAGAUGAUGAUGCUGAAUCGGAGCUACAACAAUCAAGUAUGGCCACAACAGGUGGCUUCGAUGGAUCAUCCUAACAAGAAGUUCCAGAGCUCUUCUUCUUUGAAGCCGAAUUAUGUGAUGACGGCCUCGAAGCCGUCGAUGAAGCCUGGACGAGGCAAUUGGAAGGGUAAGAAGGUUCCUGAUAAGCGCAAGGACCUAAGGAGGAUGGAGAAACCGAUGUCCAUGCCGAUGUCAGUGCAGAUGCCCAACACGGCGGUGAUAAGCGGUCCGAGUAGCAGUGGAGGGUACAAACCCCCAACUCUUCAGGAAUUGCAGUCACAGAAUAGGCUGAAAGCCCGGAAAUUCUACCCUAAGAAGAAAUUUAACAACAAUAGGUUCGCGCCUUACGCGCCUAGGAACACGACGUCGUUUAUAAUCAGGGCGAAGAAGGCGGGAGGGAUUGCCGAGCUGGUGUCGCCGUGUGCUGUGACGCCUGCGGUGCUGCCAACUCCGAUGUUCUCGCCGUCAAGGGAGGUGCUAGGGGAUAUGGCCAAGGAGGAGUGGGGUGUGGAUGGGUAUGGAUCGAUGAAAGGGUUGAUUCGGCUGCGA